AUGGCUAGUUUAUUUGUCACUGAAGAAGACCUGCGAAUGGAGGAUGUUCAACGGGUGGAAGAUCAGCGAAUGGAUGAAGAUCAUCGAAUGGACGUUGAAGAUGCCACUACAGAGCCAUUGGAAGAUGAUGACGAUCCUAUAGUUGAGUCUAUUCCAAUAGUCAUGUCUCAACUUGAGGAUCGUCUUCGUCAAAGUAUGCAUGUGUUCCAAUAUAUGGAACGUCCACUGUCCAGAUCUCUAGGUGAUGAACAUGUUCAAGUGGCGAUCAAGAAGGAAUCUCAAUAUGUAGAAGUUCGUAUCCCUGUUGAUACCAGUAAGUUCUACGAUACAGAAAGAGCAGAAGGUUGGAAUGGUGGUCAAGAAGGCUCUGGCAUUGACGAACAAGCAUUACAAGGGGUUUUGGAUCGAACUGAUGGAGGUGUUUAUAUGGGACAAGUUAUCAAUAACCGGGGAAAUGGAUCAAAAACAUUAAUGAUUGUUCCAAUUGAUAGUACUGUUCAAUUGCGUCAUUCAUUCAAAUAUUUAGAUGAUUUGGAUGCUUCUCGUACAGUUCAACAUCGGGGAGAUACCGAACAUAAAGCAGUUACAAAUAUUCAAAUUCUUCAAACUUCGGCUAAAGCCAGCUCUCAAGCCCAUGGUCAAGAUGGCUCGAAGAAGAGCACUCUUGGAGGUUCCUUACGUCUGGUGAAGAAACUUAGAGAGGAAGAAUGGGCUCAUUUGGCUUGGGAAUCCUCCUCUAAAUUACAAACAACCAAUCUUAAACAACAUCUUGUUUCUUCUAAUAGUGAGGUCUUGACACCUAAAACUUCAAAGGAGGAGUAUUUAAGUAGUCUUGUGCUCUGA